CUGCGGCACAGCUCAUGCCAGUAUCUCUUGCGUUACCUGUGACACGCACUCGAAUGUCAAAUAAACUUGGCAAACAAAACAAAGCAAAACAAAGAGCAAUUCAAGGAUAUAUCUACGGCAAUUUUCAAAGGAUUUUUUUUCAGGUUUCCCAGAGGAGUUUUGUCUGUGUACCUUUGAUUUGGAAUUGCUUCGUCCGUGACUAGCUAUCGGUUUAAGAGCAUUCAAGAACAGCCCAUUAUUUCUCACCGACCAUUGAUACAUAAUCACGGUGGACAUCAUGAGCAGGAAAACAAGACGCUGGAUUUUUCAUAUUUUCCUUUGCCUGGGGAUUGUGUAUUUAAAAAUUGGGGGCUUCUCGUCAGUGGUUGCGUUAGGGGCGAGCAUAAUCUGUAACAAGAUUCCUGGUUUGGCUCCUCGACAACGGACUAUCUGUCAGAGCCGACCCGACGCUAUCAUAGUCAUCGGAGAAGGCGCACAAAUGGGGAUCAACGAGUGCCAGUUUCAGUUCAAAAAUGGACGAUGGAACUGCUCUGCGCUCGGAGAAAGAACUGUCUUUGGAAAAGAGUUGAAAGUGGGCAGUAAGGAGGCGGCGUUCACCUACGCCAUCAUCGCGGCCGGGGUCGCCCACGCCAUCACGGCGGCCUGUACCCAGGGCAACCUGAGCGACUGCGGUUGUGACAAGGAGAAGCAGGGCUUCUACAACCAGGACGAGGGCUGGAAGUGGGGCGGCUGCUCGGCCGACAUCCGCUACGGCCUGGGCUUCUCCAAGGUCUUCGUGGACGCCAGGGAGAUCAAGCAGAACGCCAGGACGCUAAUGAACCUACACAACAACGAGGCCGGACGGAAGCUCCUGGAGAAGAACAUGCGUCUGGAGUGCAAGUGCCACGGCGUGUCCGGCUCCUGCACCACCAAGACCUGCUGGACCACGCUGCCCAAGUUCCGGCAGCUGGGCUACAUCCUCAAGGACAAGUACCACCAGGCCGUGCACGUGGAGCCGGUCCGGGCCAGCCGCAACAAGCGGCCCACCUUCCUCAAGAUCAAGAAGCCCUACUCCUACCGCAAGCCCAUGGACACGGACCUGGUCUACAUCGAGAAGUCGCCCAACUACUGCGAGGAGGACGCGGUGACGGGCAGCGUGGGCACGCAGGGCCGCGUCUGCAACAAGACGGCUCUGCAGAGCAACGGCUGCGACCUGAUGUGCUGCGGCCGCGGCUACAACACGCACCAGUACUCCCGCGUGUGGCAGUGCAACUGCAAGUUCCUCUGGUGCUGCUACGUCAAGUGCAACACCUGCAGCGAGAGGACAGAGGUGUACACCUGCAAAUGAGGGUGUUUCGUAACGCUGCGGACACACACACACACGGAACACGCGCGCGCGCACACACACACUCAUACGCGCGUCUGUGUGGGGGUGUGUGUGUGUGUGUGUGUGUGCGGGCGCCGAGCACCUGUGUGCCGAUGGUUUUUUUACUGACAUGACAGGGUCUGUUUGGGGGCUGCCGCGGACGGGGGAGGAAGACGAGGGAGGAGGGAGAGAAAGUCAACGCCUCGGUCAGACGCGCGGCGCGCAGUGGCGCUGGCUUUUUUCCGCAGUCCGAACGGAGACGGAGAGAGGAAGCGUCUGCGCGGCCGCGGGGGUUUACAGGAUUCAUUAAGAGCAGAUUAUAUCCGGUCGCUUCCAAGCACCGAGCGCUGCCAAAACCGUGUGGGAGAUGGAGCCUUCCUGCUCCGCUGGGGGAAGCCCUGACUCUGCCCUGGACGAGAAGAGGGGUCAGAGGGGUCAGUUUGGCCCCGCACCAUGCUGUCUGCCACUGGGAGGGACCCAAGCCCACAGGGCAGACUGGAGCCCACGGGGCAGACUGAACCUCUGAACCUCUCCCCCCCCCCCCCGGCCACUCUCCCCCCGCCUGGAUCACUGCCUGACUCCUACCUAGUUAUUCCGCACACACACACAGGUGGGACACGAGUGAACUUACGUUCUGCACUGUUUUGGCAUGAAUUAAACGAAACAGUAAUUGCAAUAUUUAACUUUUUAUUUAGGUAUGAAACUAAUAUUAAUUUAUUUAAUAUGGAGACUACUGAUUUUUGUUUUGUUUUUUUCUUUCGUUAUGGGACUAUUCUAUAUUGAGUAGAUCUAGUAAGCUUUCCCUGUGGAGUAUUUUGUGGUUUGUUGAUGGUAACAAAAUACAAAACAACACAGAUAUGUAUAAAAUAACAAAACACUGGACGUUACAUACUGUACAUAAUGCCUUCAUCAGCUACUGAAAUCUACUGUGGGGGCGUACUGUAUUGUUGCAGGUCAGAUUGGUAAUGUUGACUAUAGGUAUUUCUCUUGAGAAAGUUAUUUCCCCUCUCUUUGCUGCUAGUUGUCUGGAAAAUCAAAACAGGCUGUGAUUUAGACGCAACGAUAUUAACUCUGUUAAUGGAAUUGACGAAAGUAAUUCAAAGCUAUGUAUUUCAAAACACAACCAGAAGCAAUACUGAUCAUCCAGACAAAUUUCCCUUAUAUGGAAAAUCUUGGUUAAGAGAUUAUAUUUUGUAAGAGAUUAUUUUUAUAUGAAUAUUUUAUUUAUAUUUCUUCUUGUAUAAUUCAGUAUCCUAGCAUCCCCGUCUUCCUUAAAACUGUAAUUUUCUUAAAGAAGGUAACAACAGUUGAAAACAUUAACAAAUUUGCAAAGCUUAUAGCCAUGGUAUAUACAGAAUGGGAUUGGUUUUGGUCACAAUGCCCAAUGAAAGCAGCACCCGCUGAAAAUGUGUGUGUACAUCUUUAAUUGUUUACUCUAAAUGGUUAAACAGCAAUUCAAGAACAUGGUGCACAGUAGUAUUGGCUUUGUCUGGUGCCAUGAUCCUAUAAUUACUACGAACCGGAUAUAAACUUAACCUAUUCAGAAAGGCCAUUUUGAUUUCGCUUCCUGUGCCCGUCAGUGAUUAAGCUGAGCUGUUUUGAGUGGUAAACAUGCCAUGGGUUCAGUCAGCUGGAGCAGAGCAUUGUCAGGUUGUCAGACUAUAUUCUGUAAUUGUCAGAGGUGAGACUGACUGUAAAAAAACUUCCAUGACACAUGCUUUCUGGUGCUCGUCUGUAAUAUAUGUGAGUGGUAAGAUCUGACCAAAGAACAAUGAUUAUUGAAUCUUUUCUUUUAUAAAGAAGCAUCUGGAAGCAGAUCAUAUUUCUUUUGCAUCUAAUUUAAAAAUAACAUCACAGAAGCUUUGAAUACAACUAAUAACUUGACAAAAACCUGUCUUGGAUUGACAAAUCUGAUUUCACCAAGUGGCUUUUGAAACAGUGUUAAUAAAAGUAAGCCCAACAGUCAAAA